UGAUGUUAUUCAAAGCAUGAUUUCGAGAUAAUUUACGGUUUCCGAUUUCUGUUUUAUCUGAAUUUUAAAACAGGAAUUUGUUUUUUUUUUUUUUUUAAUUUUUUUUAGAAAAGGUUAAAACCGACAACCCUAUAACAACUUCUGGACUGAACUUAGUGGCAAGGCUUUGCCGCAUGUUUUCUUGCUGUCUUAAGAGUAGUUUUUUUGACAUCACUGUUUGAGUUUGAUGGCCAAGAAACACCUGAAGGGCCUAUUUCAUUUGUUUUAGAAAGAUCAGUACCAGUAGGUGGAGGGUGUGUUUCGCAAAUUGUAGUUCAGAGAUGGAGCGGAGUGUCAAACAAAUGCUGAAACUGAUUGAAGAAGAUGGUGUAUCUCUUGCAAAGAAGGCUGAAAUGUGUAGACAGACCAGGCCAGAUUUGAUUUCAAAAAUUAAGGAAUUCAACAGCAUGCAACAAUCAUUGGCUGAGUGCUAUGAGUACGUGACAGCUGAAUUAUCCAAUAGCAUACCAUCAGAGUUCGAUGUGCAGGGUGUUGACAAUUCUGAAUCAGGCCAUGGUCAUGACCCUCCUCUGCUGACUCCCGAUCAGAAGCUGGGUUUUCACAAGGCUAGUAAUCGAGCCCCUUCUGUCAGCUCCCAUGGUGCUAGCUCUGAUCUUUCAUUAAAGGAAGGAUCUGAAUCAUUCUCAUUUUCAUCAUCAGAUUCUGAAUCAGAAUCUUUCAAUUCUUCUGGGAAUGCCUACUAUAGCCUCCCAGUGAACACUGAUCGUAGUGAAUUGCACAAGAAGAUUAUUGUUAUGGGGACUGAUCUCUCGAGUAUGGAAGAGAAGCUCCGGAUGCAUGAAGAAGAGAAUAGAGAUAGCAUGCUGAACGGAGAGGAAAAUAGAAAUUAUGAAGAACUACUGAGUAGAAUAAUCGGCUAUGAAGAAGAGCUGAGGCUUACGAAGGUAAAACUCCAGCUAUCAGAAGAUGACGUUACCAGGUUGAAAAUCGAGCUUGAGAAGAGUGUGUUUUUUAGGGAUCUUUCAGGGACUUUGCAAGCUCAGCUUGAAUUGGCACUUAAAGACAUCCAAAUGAGGGAGGAUGAUCUUCAAGUGGAAAGAAAAAGGGUAUUGGAGCUGCAAAAGAAAGUAGCUGAAGGUUCAGAAGAAUUGCAAGGCCAGCUUAAGGUGGCUGAAGAAGAAAUAACAAUGCUGAAUGCCAAACUCAAUACAGAGAACAGGCGCGUUCUAGACUUGCAGGAGAGGAUCACAUGCUACAAAAGUGAUCUAUCUGAUCAUGAUCAUGAAAUCAAGGCAUUAAAAGAUGCACAGGAAAAUCUCUCUGUGGAGAAGGCACACAUGCAAUCUGAGAUACUUGACCUGUCCGAGAAACAGGACAUGUUGGAGGUAAAACUGAGAGAAUGGGAUUUACAAGGAAAAUUCAUGGAGGAUAAAUUGAGGCAAUGUGAGGCUGAGAAAAUGCAAAUGAAAAUUUUGCAUGAUGCCCAGGAGAUUGCUUUGCAAGGGGAGAUCAGUCAGUUGAAGGUGGAACUAAUUGACAGAGGUGAGCAUGUGGAAGUUCUGAACAAAAACUUUGACAGCCUCAAGUCUAAAUACGAUAUGCUUAUGGCCGAGAAAGAUGGGAUGAGUGCUAAAGUAAACACACUCAUUGCAGAUGUGAAUUCCCGAGACAAUCAAAUAAGGCAAAUGGAGGGGCAUCUGCAACAGUUGCAUACUGAACAUGAAAAAUUGAUUGCUGGGUCUCAAAGUUCACGGAAGCUAGUGGACGAGUUAAGAUUGAAAGUAGUGGAGCUGGAGAAGGAGGUGGACGGGCAGAGAGUUGAGCUUUCAGCUGUGGCUGAGGAGAAAAGGGCGGCAAUUCGACAACUAUGCUUCUCUCUGGAGCAUUAUAGAAGUGGGUAUAAAGAACUUCGUGAAGCAUUUCUUGGGCACAAACGGCAUUCAGUCAUGGCUUCAUAAUCCUAUUACUGGUCCAGUACUGUUUUCAUUGCUCAACUAUGUUAUGCAUUACCCCCUUGUGGUCUUGCACUUGUUCAUGUAAACUUUAUUACCUGUUCUUAAACUCUCGCUUGAAAGCUUUGGACAUCAUAUUUUUGGUA